AACAUGGCUGAUGCAGACUCAUUGCACGACAUGAGCUCGGAUUUGGACCAAGAUCUGAGCGCCGUGGAAGCAGAUGUGGACGAUGACGAAGUAUCGGAGCAAAGUCCUGAUGGUGGUCUCAGAAAGAAGAGCAAGAAAAAGAAGAGAAAGCCGAAAGACAUGGAGCGAUCAAGCGGUGACUCGGACAGUCAGACAGUGAAUGAUGAUAACCAUCAUGGGCGUAUCCGUAUCGUGACGGGCAAGGCUGACCAGUCUCAGUCUGGGAUUGAUGCCGACUCUGAGGGUCAAGCUUCUCAGUCCGCCCAGGAGAACAAAGGCCAGACCCCAUCCCCGACCAAGCCCCUGGGUGGUGGAGCUGCUGAUGGGGCCACACAUAACGCUGAUGAGGACGGCAGGGUACAGUCUUUACCAUUGGUGGAACUGCAGAAGAUCCAAAAGGCCAUUGAACUUCUCUCAACCCAGUCCCAGGGGGCGCCAAAGAGCAUUGAGGAGGCGUCACGCAAAACCUACCGCUUCUGGGAAACCCAACCUGUGCCCAGAUUUAAUGAGAAGAUCACAGUGAACGAGGAGAUAGAGUUGGACAAGCCAGUGGAAGAAAUACGCAAAGAGCCCUACUCUCUACCCCAGGGUUUCCAGUGGGACACCCUAGAUAUUACCAACCCUCUAGUGCUAAAAGAACUGUACACAUUGCUGAACGAGAACUAUGUAGAAGAUGAUGACAAUAUGUUUAGGUUUGACUAUUCUCCAGAGUUCCUCCAAUGGGCAUUGCAGCCUCCUGGCUGGCUUAGAGAUUGGCAUUGUGGUGUACGGGUGACAAAGAGCAAGAAACUGGUGGGAUUUAUCAGUGCUGUGCCUGCUCACAUCAAAAUAUACUCCAGAGACAAGAAAAUGGUGGAAAUCAAUUUUCUUUGCGUGCAUAAGAAGCUGCGUUCCAAGCGAGUUGCCCCUGUGUUAAUAAGGGAGAUAACCCGGCGUGUCCACCUGCAGGGCUUAUUCCAGGCGGUGUACACAGCAGGUGUCGUGCUCCCCAAACCCGUCUCCUGUUGUAGAUAUUGGCACAGAUCAUUGAAUCCUAGAAAAUUGAUAGAGGUCAAGUUUUCACACCUCAGUAGAAACAUGACGAUGCAACGAACCUUAAAAUUGUACAAGUUGCCAGACGUUCCAAAGUGUGGAGGGUUUAGACCAUUGACAGCUAUUGAUGUCCCAGAAGCCUUCAUGCUAAUUUCAAAAUAUAUGUCCCGGUUUGACCUGGCCCCUGUCUUCACGGAGGAGGAAUUUAGACAUUGGUUCUUGACUCGACCAGGGAUCAUAGACAGCUUUGUUGUUGAGACUGAUGGCGAGCUGACGGAUUUUGUCAGUUUCUAUACGCUCCCCUCCACUGUGAUGCAUCACCCCCUGCACAAGAACCUCAAGGCAGCCUACUCCUUCUACAACGUCAGCACUCGGACACCCUGGCCAGACCUCAUGCAGGACGCACUCAUUGUCGCCAAGAAUAUGGGUUUUGAUGUGUUCAAUGCCCUAGACCUGAUGGAGAACAAGAAUUUCCUGGAGAAGCUGAAGUUUGGGAUUGGCGAUGGCAAUCUUCAAUAUUACCUGUACAAUUGGAAGUGUCCAGCCAUGGAGCCAAAACAGGUGGGUCUUGUUCUGCAGUGAUCUGAUUGGACAUAGGUGAAAGGAUUGAGAUGUGUGAUAAAACUGUAAAGAGCAAAGGAAGUGAGAGAAUGUGGGGAGUGAUCACUUGGAAGGCAAAGUGGGGC